AUGGUUUCUUGGCGCAUUCAUGGUGAAAUGGCUGAAAUCGACGUUGAUAAAAGUUAUGUUGGACAUCCGACAGUGUUUUCAAUAAGAAUGCACCAUGGAGGUGAGUUUACAAGCUUUCUUGGAAGGAAGUAUAUUCGUGGGAAGCAAACAUUUGUUGAUUUACUGGACAUUGAUACCUUUUCCGUUCAUGACAUUGAUGAGAUGAUGGAAGACCUAGGGUAUGCUUCAGUAGGUAAACCACUUUACUAUCACUUUCAAAGGCCUUUAGGCGAUUUAGAUUUUGGGUUAUUCGCUUUAGCUAGUGAUGAAGAUGUUCGUUAUUUGGAGAGUUUUGUGGCUAAGCAUAAGUUAAUUGAGGUAUAUAUAGAGCGUGAAAAAACUACUUUGCACACCUAUUUAAUGUCCCCAAUCCACAGUAAAGUUCGUAUAAUGGAGAUUACUGAACCUCCACUUUUUUCAAAGAGACUGUUCCUGGAGUGGCAUAACAUACUUGUUGUUGACUUGGAGGAUGGCAUGGAUCACACGGAGAAAGAAUCGGGUAAUGAUCCUACACCCACUGGUCAUAUGGAGAAGGAUUUUGGUAAUGAUGCUACUUUCACUGAUCAUAUGGAGAAGGAUUUGGGUAAUGAUGCUACUCUCACUGGUCAUAUGGAGAAUGAUUUGGGUAAUGAUGCUACUCUCACUUGGUAA